UCCUCCAGAUACCGGAAACAAAAACACGGAACAACCCCUCGUAAAAAAAUAAAAAGCUUUACGCGUAUGAUUUGCUUCUAUUGUUAAAUUGGCAAGGGUUAGAUUGAAAAUACUAAUUUCAAAUGGGCUAUGGUAGUCUGAACUAAAGAGACUGUUAUCGACUGCUCCUCGUCACCUUCCUACUUACCUUGUCACCAACACCGCCAUUAUGUCUACAGGCAUGGCUUCUCAACUGCAGCCCUCUAGCAACACAAACCAAGGCCAGAGAAUGAACUGCCCGCUGUACGGCUGCCAGCGGAUCUAUGCCGACGGCGACAGCCUCGGCAGACACAUCCAGGACCACCAGAAACACAUGCCCACGCAGUCCCUCCCAGGGAAGGGCUUCCUUUGCUCCUCAAUCGGAUGCAACGGCUCCUUUCCCAGCAUGCAGCAGCUCAUGGAGCACAUGAGGCAGCACCACAAGCCCAACACAUACUUCCUGUGUGAGAGUUGUCGGUCCAGGCUGCGCUCCUACCGCGCCCUCCUCAAACAUCUCCACACCUGUGCCAAGGUGGCCAAGAGCAAGGCCAAAGCUGGCCAGGUCGCAGAGUUCAAGCCUGACCCCGACGGCACUGUUCCCAUGGCUACAGAACCCUCUGGUACUGACCAGGGGCCCCCACAAGAGCCCAUGGAGUCUGAUUCCUCUCAUCCUGCUGGUGGUUCCAGUGGGUUUGACCUGGCCUCACAUCCUGCUGGUGGGUCCAGUGGGUUUGAUCUGGCCUCACAUCCUGCUGGUGGGUCCAGUGGGUUUGAUCUGGCCACACAUCCUGCUGGUGGGUCCAGUGGGUUUGAUCUGGCCACACAUCCUGCUGGUGGGUCCAGUGGGUUUGAUCUGGCCUCACAUCCUGCUGGUGGGUCCAGUGGGUUUGAUCUAGCCUCACAUCCUGCUGGUGGGUCCAGUGGGUUUGAUCUAGCCUCACAUCCUGCUGGGGGGUCCAGUGGGUUUGAUCUGGCCUCAACCACGACCCAAUUCCAACCUCAGCCCUCGGGAGAUGCUUCUCUCCUUGCCCUGGACCCCUCCUCUUCUACCUUCCACCCUGGGGCAUCAGUCGCCCAGCCGUCCGGCCCGUCGGACCAGCUCCAAGUCUCUGACGGCCCCUAUGGCUCCUUCUCCCAGUACCUCCAGUCUCCCCUGGAGGUCUCUGCUCCCGAGCUACAACAGACACACCACCACCUCCUCCAACCGUCACCGAUGGAGCACCCCCACCCGAGAGCCCCCAGGCCCGGCCUUGCUGCCACCUCCUCCCCUCUGCCCCAGACCGGUACCCCAGCCAGGUCCAACGCACGCUGGAGGAAGAAUCAAGGUCAGUCCUUCAACAGUCGCAUUCUGUGGAAGCACACCAGGGGGCGCUACAGCUGUGUCCAGUGUGGCCACUCCACCGCCAACAGGAAGGAGAUGACUGCUCACAUCAAGGGCCAGCACAAGAGCCCAGCAACCGCCAAGCCCACCAACGACACCGAAGGCGGAGAAGCCCCGCGCACCUCACAAACUAAGGCAUCGUCAGAAACAGAGUCCUCCACCUACACCCAGCUGUGACUACGGAGGGUCCUCCACCUACACCCAGCUGGGACUAUCGAGGGUCCUCCACCUACACCCAGCUGGGACUACGGAGGGUCCUCCACCUACACCCAGCUGGGACUAUGGAGGGUCCUCCACCUACACCCAGCUGGGACUAUCGAGGGUCCUCCACCUACACCCAGCUGGGACUAUCGAGGGUCCUCCACCUACACCCAGCUGGGACUAUCGAGGGUCCUCCACCUACACCCAGCUGGGACUAUCGAGGGUCCUCCACCUACACCCAGCUGGGACUAUCGAGGGUUAUUCUCUGCAUUCAAAAUGUACUCCCCUAUUUUGUAUUGUGUGAGGAGUGUAACUAGCAUAAUUGAAAUGUCAAAUUAUAUAAUUUCCACUGGAAAUUGAAUUUAAAUAAACAUUUAUGACCAGUGUUCAA